AGUUUCCACGCGCAAAAAUUUUGUCUCAGUAUAUAUAGAUGCACAAAAUUGACCCUUCUCCAUCCGCCUGUUUCCGCCAUCAGAUUUCUGCUCCGGUGAAUUCAAAUUUAGGGAACAAACAAACCCUAGAUUAUCUAUCUUAUCUCUCUAAAGAUCUAUACAGCUACACGCGAUGACGAGAGGUGCUAAGAGGAAAACUACUCACAAGGAUGAAGCUUUCAAGGAGCCGACACAGCCGAUUGAGGAGAAUGAGAAGAAUGAGCCCAGCCAAUCGGCUGAGGGAAGCAAAGACGAGCAAAGAAAGCCGGCUGAAAAGAAUUACAUAGAGCUAAAUGAGCCAGCUCCGGAGGAGCCGAGCACGAAAGUGGAUGAGGAGCCGAAUAAGAAAGCUGCUAAAGGUAGAGCUAAGAGAACCAAGACUCUGAAGCCUGAGGCCGAGGAGGAGUAUUUUCCUGACAAGAGGAAUUUGGAAGACCUAUGGCAACAGGUCUUUCCAGUUGGCACGGAGUGGGAUCAGUUGGACAUGGUGUAUCAAUACAACUGGAAUUUCUCAAAUUUAGAAGAUGCAUUUGAAGAAGGUGGGCUGUUAUACAACCAAAAGGUCUACCUCUUUGGAUGUACAGAGCCACAAUUGGUCUCUUUCCGGGGUCAAGGAAAAGUUACAAUGAUUCCUGUUGUGGUUGCUGUGGUGUCACCUUUUCCCCCUUCUGACAAAAUUGGCAUUAAAUCAGUACAGAGGGAGACUGAAGAAAUUCUGCCUAUGAAGCAGAUGAAAAUGGACUGGGUUCCAUACAUCCCAUUGGAAAAUAGGGAUUCUCAAGUUGAAAGACUUAAAUCCAAAAUUUUUAUUUUAAGUUGCACCCAGAGAAGGUACAAUUCUAUUUUCUGCUUGCUCGUCUCAUUUCCUGUUGUCAAAUUUUUUUUCUGUUUGGGCUAA